AUGGACUUCAUUAUAAUGCAACAUGUGCAUAACAAUUUCUGCUCUGGAAACCUCUACUACACAUGCAAGGAGAUUGAGGGACCUUAUCUCGAUGUUCAUGCAAGGUUCGAUAGGUUACUAGGAAGAGGCACCAAGCAAUGGGCUAUUGGUCCAUUACUUCCAAUCACGACCAUUAAUGAUGUUGAUGAUCAAAAAAACAUGAUCCAUCGUCAUGAGUAUUUGAAAUGGCUAGACAAACAAGAACCAAACUCGGUAUUAUUAGUGUCAUUUGGCACAACAACAUCCUUAUCCAUAGAACAAAUCAAAGAGCUUGCUAUCGGAUUGGAAACGAGUCAACAAAAGUUCAUUUGGAUAGUGAGUGACGUGUUGUUAAAAGAAUGUGAACAAGUCCAAAUUCCCAAAGGUUACGAAGAGAGAGUACAAGGAAGAGGAGUCGUGGUGAAGGAUUGGGCACCCCAAUUGGAAAUCUUGGGGCACUCAGCAAUAGGAGGAUUCUUGACUCAUUGCGGGUGGAAUUCUAUUUUGGAGUCUGUUACUAUGGGAAUUCCAUUAUCCAUAUGGCCUAUGGUUUUUGACCAUCCGAGGAUUGCAGUGCUCGUCACAAAUGUACUCAAAAUUGGCAUCAAGGUGAAGGAUUGGGAGCGACGUGAUGAGUUAAUUACAUCCACAACUAUUGAGACCGCGAUAAGAAAAUUGAUGGGUUCACCGGAAGGAAAUGAGGUGAAGAAGAAUAUUGUAGAUUUGGGUAAAAAAGUUAGACAAUCCAUCAAUGUUGGUGGCGAUUCUAAGAAAGCAAUGGAUUCUUUCAUUGCUCACUUUACUAGAUCCUAG